CACACUCCUCUGCUGCAGUAGCCUUGGGAGCUUGGAGUCCGUACGGUCCUAUGUGAUGGCGUCUCGGUACGACAGGGCCAUCACUGUUUUCUCCCCAGAUGGACACCUCUUUCAGGUGGAAUACGCCCAGGAAGCAGUGAAGAAAGGAUCCACUGCGGUUGGAAUUCGAGGUACCAAUAUAGUUGUGCUUGGGGUAGAAAAAAAAUCUGUUGCCAAGCUUCAAGAUGAAAGAACUGUGAGGAAAAUCUGUGCCCUUGAUGAUCAUGUCUGCAUGGCUUUUGCAGGUCUGACUGCUGAUGCUAGAGUAGUAAUCAAUAGAGCCCGUGUGCAGUGCCAGAGCCAUAAGCUUACAGUUGAGGACCCAGUUACCGUAGAAUAUAUAACUCGCUUCAUAGCAACUUUAAAGCAGAAAUAUACCCAGAGCAAUGGACGAAGACCUUUUGGUAUCUCUGCCUUAAUUGUAGGUUUUGAUGAUGAUGGUAUUCCCAGAUUAUAUCAGACAGAUCCUUCUGGUACUUAUCAUGCUUGGAAGGCAAAUGCAAUAGGCAGAAGUGCUAAAACUGUUCGAGAAUUUCUAGAAAAGAAUUACACAGAAGAUGCUAUAGCAGACGACAAUGAAGCUAUCAAAUUAGCCAUAAGAGCUUUGCUAGAAGUUGUCCAGUCUGGUGGAAGAAACAUUGAACUUGCUAUAAUAAAAAGAAACCAACCUUUGAAGAUGUUUAGUGCCAAAGAAAUUGAAUUACAAGUAACUGAAAUAGAAAAGGAAAAGGAAGAAGCAGAGAAGAAAAAAUCGAAAAAGUCUGCCUAAUUCCUAGGAUGACCACUGGGAACUUGUAAUAUUUUGUUUUUUUGAACUGCUUGGAAUUGUUCAGUGAUGUUUUAGAGGAAAUAAGUUACUUUGCAGCAUUAGCUUUAGUACUUGUGUGUUGUUUUGAAAAUGCUAGAUUUGUGAUUGUCUUCAUUCUAUUACAUAGUCAAACAUCGAUUAAUGUGAAGACUUUCUUUGAAAGGAGAUUUCAGUAAUUGUUGAAAGGAAUCAUAAUUCCAUGUAAGCCUAAGACUACACUCUGUAACUUGUUCAGUAUGUUACUUUUCUUCAUAUAUGCACAUUUAAUUUUAAAACUUUUAAUUUUAAAAAGUUAGUAAUUUUGUGGUUUGAAUAUUAACUGACUGUCAGAGAUAGCUAUUCAAAAUAAACUGAAUAUACUAUUGAGUUG